CGCUUCCAAAUACAGGUCCCUUUUGUCUUUGGCCUUCAGAUCGGCUACGCAAUUUCAAGCCUGUUAAAGUUGUUGGUUUUCGAAGGAUAAACGGGUCUAGCCAUUGUUAUUUUUUGGAAGAAUUUCGCGAGAUCUAAUUCUGGCGUUGAUGUUACAUUAAUGUUGAUUCUUCGACCAGUUCGUACCGUAAACUAGAGGUAAAUAUACUUUUUUUUGCUGGCGUAACUAGAAAGGAGAUGAUCGUGGCAUGAACCGAAGGAAAGAUGGAUUUUAAAAGGGAACACAAGAAGGCACUAUUAUGGAAUGCAAUCGAACUUUGUCGUUUAUAAGGGAAACAAAUUGGAACGAAGCCUGGCUAAAUGAACAGAAUUGAGCUGUGUUCAUAUUUUACUUGAGCUUUCACUUUACGAACUGAAUGCAGGCUCAACUCAUGAAUGUCAGCGGCAAGGUUCCACAGGUUACCCAACAGUAGCUAUCAUCAAUAGAUGCUGAACCUUAGCGAGCAGGCUCAAAUAGGUAUUGUCAGCGGUGCUGCGGGGGUCCUUGUUCUUAUGGUCAUAUGCAUGGUAUGCAAACUGCGCAGACUCAAUAACACUGUAUACAACGACAUGCCACUCAAACCAAAGCCAAGCCUCCAGCCACAAUGCAGCGACUGCGUCAUUGAGAGGCACAGGGAUCCCAAUGAGUCUUUGGAAAUCCAAAGCGCAAGUUUCUCUCAGCCAUCCAAGAAAGGGACCCUCAAGUUUACUCUUAUUUACCAAACUGAAUUCAAUAACUUGAUUAUCCAGGUUAUUAAUGGGCAUGAGAUUGUUGGCCGCGAUUUCUGGGACAAUGCCGUCGACUCUUAUGUCCAGUUAAAACUAGACCCCGAUCCAGGAAACGUGUACAAGGGGAAGACUAGCAUUUCUAGGAAAACCACAGAACCUUAUUACAAUGAAACGUUCCAGUUUAGUAUUGAGAUGGAAAAACUAGCAGACGCAAUACUCUCUUUGCUGGUGAUGGAGGUUGACCGUUACUCACGGCACCACGUGAUUGGUCAAAUUGACUUAGAGUUAGGUGACGUGGUCUUAGCAAAUCAAAUGGUUGCCAUGGAGAUGGAGAUCCUUGAGGCAUAUAAGUCUCGUUUGGGUCUUGGUGAUCUUCUCGUCUCCCUUAGCUACAUGCCCACCGCAGAACGCCUCUCGGUUGUCAUAAUGAAGGCAAGGAACCUUAACCCCCCAUUUUCUGAGUGGAGCAGCCAGCCGAGGGACAUUAGCCCAUUUGUGAAAGUCGUGUUACUGUUUGACGGCCAAAAGGUAAAAAAGAAGAAAACCUCGACACGAAAACAAGAGAAGAACCCAGUGUACAACGAGUCUAUGUUAUUUGAUAUACCGCCACAUUUUCUACACAGAGUUAUUCUUCUCAUUUCUGUUGCCGACAAACCGAGUGAUAGCCGACGAAGUGACAUCAUCGGACGGGUGGUCAUCGGCUCACCCUCGUCAGGCGAAGCCUUGAGUCACUGGAAUCAAAUGCUCGUGUCACCAAGGCGACCGAUCGCGGCAUGGCACAAGCUUAGGCUAUAACGUCAUAGUAUUGUAAUGGACAAAAUACACCCUUGGGAUUCUGGAUCAGCCUGCUAGGCGGCUCUUAUUUGGGGUUAAUCGGAUAUGUUUUGUUUUUGGAUAUUGGGAGUCCUGUGGCGCACGCAAAGGCUGAAUAGCGCUGGGGCAUGGGGCGAGGGUGCGAAGAAAGUUCAUUCUUCCUAGGAUUCCAUAUUCGAUAAACAAAUAUUUCCGACCUUAGUGGUCGGCCGAAGGAAAGGGGAGGGUGUCGGAGAAGAUAGAAAGUCAGAGGAGAGUUUCUGUGCCUUUUGAUAAAUGCAUUUUAUACUGCCUGUUCGGGAUUCCCGUAGUAUGCCGCGAGGCACAAGGGACUAGAAUCGAGGUUUGUGGGUGAUGUCUUAUUGUUAACCACAGGGAACCAAACACCACAGGAAACAGAAAAAAAAAACAAGGAGUUAAGCUAUUUCAACCUAUUUCAAAUAAGGUUGCACUCAGAGAAUAUAUUUGUCGUAACCCGCAGUGGUUUAUGGGUAUUAAAUAAAUCAUAAAAUAAGCGUACAUCAAAACAAACACAGGUUUUGAAAGCUUUAGCAUUGUUAUUAAUGUGCCUCUAAACGUUCACAUGGCGUUCAGUAACCAGGAUUUAGCCAUUUUUACGUUACCCAUGAACCACCGCCAACAUGUCAUGUGACCUCCAAUUCAUAUUUUAUUUAUGGCUCACCUAUUUCAAAAAGGUUGUCAAUGCAAAUGGCAAUUGCCAAAUGACAGUUCUAGGCCCGAAAGGCACUCAUGAGUACCUAUUAUUCGUAAAUUUAUUUAUUAAUAAAGUAUCAGACUACAA